UAAAAUUGAAAAUAUUUUUAAUAGCUAUACAAAUGAAGAGACAAAGUAAAUUCCUGAACCAGGAGAGCCAUAAUAACCAUUGAUAUCUUCGUUCGAGUACAAGUCCUGUAAAACCAGCUCAUAAAAAGAGUCUUUCAAGAAGUCCGAACCGUAAAAGCUUGUCAAAAAUUCCAAAAUCGAGAAGGAUCAGAAGAAAGAACAUGAAAUUUACUCGCAAGGAUAAGUACAACUCUGCGUUUCAGCCUUACAACCAGAUAAUAGGGAUGAGUGGGAAGAGUAUACAAUAUUUUAGCUCGAACAAGAAGAUCUCUGAGAAAAUCCUUUUCCAAGCCCCUGUUCACCAAGACGUCUCAAUUCAGAAGUCAACAACUGCAGGCAACCUGAGGAGAUUAAGGGUUGCACAGGACCAUAAUAAUGCCUGGGAUCAGUUCAACGAUGAUUGUUGUGAUGAAAUCCCCCAAGAAAAUUCAACAGUCAGUGCUAAUAAUAUCAGGCUUUUUGAGAGCCGUUUUAAUUUCAAGGAAAAAUAAGGGUCAUAAACUUCAUCCUGAUGACUUUAAUAUUCUAAAAGGCUACGAUUGAGAAGUAAGGAAUCAAACUUCCCGAAAUUCACCGCCUAAAAAGCUGCACAUUAGCCUGAAAAAUAACAGAAAUUUACAGAAUGGUCGGAAUAAGUCACCUGCAUCCUCGGAGCAAUCUCCUAUGAAAUAUGGGGUAAAUUGUAAAGCUACAUACAGCUGAGGAUUCUCAACCAAAAAGAGCAGCACAAUGAGGCUCAAACAUUUACUUAGUAACGAUGAAAAGAUCAUCUCAAAGUAUAAUAAUGUCAGAAAAUUAGGACAUGAGGAAAUCAAGGAAGAACAAGAAUUAUCUGAGUCAAAGAUGAGAUCCGAUGAAGGAAAGCAAGGAGAUUCUCUUAGUUCACCAAUUGUACAUAAAAAUCCGUUCAAGAAGAGCAGUGGGGGCUCUCCCGGAUAUCAAGAAAUUGAGACUCCUGAGUUUCUACAUAGAAUGAAGAUUGCAGGAAGGAAGGAUAAUAGCCAACCAAGGAAGAGAAGUUUGAUUUUUAAUUUCAAAACAUUACCAAAGAAAAAUAAGAGAAAGAAGUCAGUGCCAUUUCCAGUCCAUGAUUCUAAUUUAUUUAAUUUCAAUUAA